UGCCUGCCCAUUCCCAGGAAAUUUUCUACAUCUACUCCGAAUUCUGUCCGGGAUACUGCCCUUAAAAUUGCCAAACGUGCGCACUUGAAAAGCUUAAUACGAUGAAACUCCACUUUCUCUUCGCCUUUCUCCUGGCAACCGCACCUUGUUCGGAGGGUAAAGUCAAAAACAAAAUAAGCCUCCAAUGGUCAAUCUGCGAUAAAAACCCUCAGACCGUUCUCCAGAAGCUCGGUGAAGACUCUUACGAUCCAGAUAAACUCGACCCAAUCAGCUACUACGACACUCAUCCUCCUAUGUACGCGCCACGGGGAUUCAUGUUUCGCACUAAAGUCAGAGCAGGCAAGGAGAUCUCCGUGGUGAAAGUUAAGGUCAAUACCAGUACAACAGAUGUCGCGCAUGCCAAAUGUCUCUGGGACCGAUAUGGGAAUGACACAUCGUUCUUCUGCGCGAAGCAAUCAACUAUAAAGGGAUCACAAAUGUGGAGGAAGAAACAAGUCGCUCUGGCCGAAAAUUUCACUACUGUUGCUUGGGAUGAGCUGGUUGAAUUUGGGCCGUACUGGAAUCCAAAGUGGAAGAAGCUCAACAUCACGGGAUACCAGGCUGACUUCGAUGAUGUGGUCGCGGGUUCGCACCAUUUGAUGGAGCUAGAAGCUAAGGUGCCGCUUAAUGAGAGCCACGUUGCCUACAACAAGAUUACCAAUCACCUGAAGAAGGCUGGAGUGGUGAUUUGUAACCCUGAGGAACCAAAGAUUUCAUGA